CUGUCAUCAUUUGAACCAUCCAAAUCAACAGUUUUUUGGCCCAAUUCAAACCUCGAGUUGGAAAAUCUUACAGUAUCAGAGCACUUAUCUUCUUUAGUGUGGAAGAUGACGCGACAGGGACAAGGCUGCAAAUAAUUGCAAGAUUGAUACAAGUUUUUGUGACAGGGAUUAAUAAUCAGUUGUGCAAAUAGAUACUUUGGUGAAAAUUGAUAAAAUUACUCGAAAUGUGACAUUUGACGAAGUUGAAGAGUAUUUUAUAACAGUUUUUUUACGUGGGUAAAACAAGGUUUUUGGAAAACCAUGAAAUUAUACCUCUCAAGAGUUUAUAAUUACAAAAGCCGUUUGUGUAAUUACGUAAGUGAAUUAAGUGGUUUUCAAAAAAUUUUCUAAGUGAAACAUGAAAUUGUACAUUUGGAGAUGGACAGACAGCACAAAUUCGGUGCAUUUGUGGCUUCUUUUGUUACAAAUUACGACUUUUUCUUCUUCUUCUUCUGUCAGUGCCAAUAUUUUUAGUCAUGAGCAUAACGCCUUUAAUAAGACGGAUGACCCUCCUCCCGAAUUUUCCCCCGCGAGACGAGGCCCCCAAGGAGGUCCUGACCCCGACGAAACUUUAGAAUCUUUAGCAUCUUACAGAAACGUUUUACAAUUUCCGUUAAGAAAUUUUACCAAAGUUGCCACAAUCAGGUACACAAAUGAGGAUACCAAACCCAGCGAGGAUUAUAAUGAUAAGCACAAUAACGACCAUAACACAAGAUCUAGCAAUAGUGGCAAUAAUGGCAAUAAAUACAAACCAGCCCUAGUUCUCACCCUUAGUCUCAAAAAACCCCCCGCGUUUACAAAGAUUGGAAUAAAUACAUCCACCGAGGAGCCACACCCACUCGAACUAAUAGAGCAGGCAACGACGGCUCUUAUCACGCAGGAAAUUCAGAACUCUGUAAAUCAAAGUCUGGGAAAUAGUGUCAAUUCGCAAGAAAUCAAACCAUUCAAUAUUCUCGACCGGUUGCGAAACCUUUCGAAACAAAGGGCUCGAAAUGCAUCGACCGGACCGGGGCUGCAUUUUGGGAUUAAGAAUUAUGGACAAAAUUCUCAGGAAAGAUUAGACGGAGGAGGAGGGGAUAAGAGCAGCAGCCAAAUAAAACAUCCAGCAGGGCCAAAUGUCAACGUAAAAGUCACGACCGUUUCUACAAAAGUUGUGGCGUCCACACCCACUCGAAAUGGUGACUAUGUAUCCUCUGAGGAAGAGGAGGAGGAGGAAUUUAAGUCAUCACUCCCAACCUCGACCAUCCACCCGUACAAUUUCAUAGCCAGUUCGAGUCCAUCCUCUUCUCUAAAAAUACCCAGACUGCCACCAAUUUCUUCCAUCAUAUCGCCCAAACCAGCCGCACCAGCACCAUUAUCUCCCAAUUUUUAUUCUACCACACCAAUUGUUCUCAAAGUGGGGAAACUAUCUCAAAAUUUAGAACAAACCACUCUUUCUCCCCCCAAGUCUGCAGACGAUAGGAUAAACACUGGCGAAACGAGAGUAGCCAUCACAGCCGACCAGGUAUCGAGUGGUAACCGACCUACGAGUAGACCUUUUCAUUUCACAACGCCACCACCCACGCCUCCUCCGCCCUCGACCACGGUGAGAGAACCGUCUCGCAUAAAUCACUAUCAUCGCCAACACUCUCCGCACAAUCAUAUCUUUGCCCCCACGAGAGAUCCGGUGUCUGAUGUGGAUAGUGACGACGAUCUUAGCGUGGAAGAUUUCCGAGACAUUCGCGUCGCCAAUGCGCUAUUUGGGUCAAAGGUCGGGACGGAUGUGAGCACACCGGGUCCAAUACAAAAUCAAAUCCAAGUCACUACAAAUAUUAAAAGUGGUAGGAAUAAGGUUUCUGGGGGAAGAACUGCUUUCUCCCCUCCAGCAGCACCUCCACCACCACCCACGACGACAACGACGACGACAACGACCACGCUAAGACCCCCAUCGUUCUCACCAUCAAGGAAUGAUAGGCACAGACAUCAGCAUCUUGAUAAUAAUGAUGACGAUGAAGACGAAGAUGAUGACCCUGAUCCAGAAGAAUACUUAAAUCCGUUAGAAAAGAACUUUAAGAAUCGCCCCUCCGUUAAAAUCGUCACCCCAGCUCCGACGCAACCACCAACAACGCGACCCCCGCAGAUCAUUCCUCAACGAAAAUUUACCCCGACAAAAACCAACAAUUUCUUCUCUAAGAGUAAAGAGAAGGAAUACGUCCCUCCAAGUCCGAUCCCCUCUCCAACAACGUUACCCGCCCCACACUCUGCCUCCUCGGGAGUGAAGAGUUCCCACGCGGCCGUGAAUGACAACCUCCCCUUUUACAAAGAACCAGGUGGGAUAUUCAAGGAACAUGCAAACAGCAAUGACAAGUAUGACGAUGACGACUCUUCCCUCGCUGAUAACGAGCUGGACCAAGAUCCCGAAGACGAUUUAAAUCCAAACUUAAAUUUGAACCAGGUUGCCCACAAUUCUAACAAGUCUCCCAACGUAAAGUAUUCACCGCACGAUGGAAGACAACAUUUUCAACAACAAAAUGUCCCCCAAGCCGUUUAUCCGACCACGAAUCCCAACCCAUUUCAAUUCGUCCAACAACAACAGCAACCCGUCGGAAUUGGAUUUAUACAGCCGCAUCAACCUCAAAAUAUUUAUUUCCAACCGGUCGCCCCCACUCCGUAUUAUCAACCACAGGGACAAAUUUACCCCACGCAAGGGGCACCGGCUUUCGUGCCUAUUCAGCAAAUUCAGGGCUAUCAACAUCAUCAACAACAACAACCGUUAGCAGCCCCACCAAUUUAUCAUCAUCAGCAACAGCAGCAACAACAGCCCCCACCUCGACGAAAAUCUUCCCGUGACCGUGACCACUACGCCGCACAGCCAAUUGCUCCUAAACCAAUUAAUCGUGAUAAUUUUCCAUCUCCAGAUGACCCAGAUUCUGACACCUUUUACGGUGAUCCUAGACCAAACACCGCAAAAUCAAAUAAUAAUAAGAACAAUCCACAACCCCCACCACAACGGAACAGUGUUCCACCUCCAGUCCCACCAAAUAAUAGGAAUAAUAAUAAUAGAAAUCAGCAGCAGAGCAAAAACAGUAAGAACAAUAAUACCAACAAUAAGAGGAGACAAGAUCCACCCCCGAAUUCGGACAGGAGAAGAGGCCCAGACGAAGAAACGGAGGAGAAUGACGAAGAGGAGGAGGAGGAAGAGGAGGAGGAACCCGUCCGAGCUAAACCACCACCACCUCAGCCACCAAGACGACAACCACCUCCACAAAACCAAGUGCAACACCGAAAUUCAAAACCCAAUAAAAACGAUAGAAGCGACGAUUAUGAUACAGACUACAUCGAUGAAGGAGAAGGCGACCGCAGACCGAAUAACAACAACAAUCAGCGAAAUCGUGGAAAUAAUGACAACAGAAGAGAUUAUGAUGGCGACUUUAACAAUCAACGUCCCAUUUAUGACCAACCAUCUCAUCAAGGCGGUCGAAACCGAGGCGGUGGCGGUGGCGGCGGUGGUCCAGGCCAUUUUCGUGCCUCUCCUGUCGAUCGCGGUCCAAUUCGCCCAUCUAAUCACGACUUCAACUCCCCCAAUUUUGACCAUCCCAAUAUUCAAUAUCCAAAUAAAGAACGUGGAAGUAGUGUCCCACACAAUAACCAACCAUUGUUCAAUCGCGGCCCAGAGUAUGAUCCGCGAGGAUUUGGCGUCGGUUUUGGACCAGCCCCACGAGCCAAUAUUCUACUCGACCCAAUCUACACGAGAACCAUAAAACAGUACGAUGAGGAAAAUAAGAAGCCCCCACAACAGCAGCAGAGGCCAGCCCAACCGAUAAGAAAUAAUAAUAACAGAGAUCGCCAGCAGAAUGACGAAAGACAUGACCCAGACGAAGACGAUGACGACCAAGAUCGUGGUCACGAUGACCGUGAAAAGGAACCACCAGCGCGACGUCGUCCUCAAAAAGAGCAAGAGGAGGAGGAGGCGGAGGAGGAGGAAGAACCGGAAGAAGAGGAAAAACCGGCGCCAGCCGCAGAAAACGAGGACGACGAAGACUCGCCAUCCCCACCCCCUCGAAAGGCAGAAAAGGAACAAGAAGAGGAGGAGGAAGAGGAAGAACCGGAAGAAGAAGAAAAACCGAAACCAAAACCGGCCGAAGAAGAGGAAGAAGCAGAAGAGGAGGAGGAAGAGGAGGAAGAAGAAGAACCAGAGAAAAGAAAACCACUUGGAAACCGUCAAAGGAAGGGUGGAGAUGGACAACAAGGUAAAAAAGUGGAAACUUCAAAGAAACCCCCACCAAAUGAAAAAUCGGGUGAUUUAGAAGACGACAUUAGAGGAAUUGAAAAGGAGUUUGGAGGAAUAUUUGCAGGAUAAUCAGUGAUGGCUGCUAAAAAUCAGAAAACUGGAGAAAGCAGCCUUGUUGUUUAAUCAAAUAUGACACAAAAUUAUCCUCCUAUGUAAUCGUUGUCGGUUAUCAAUUAAAUUAUAACAAAUGAAGAAAGUUUACUUA